AUGGCCUUGGCGGUACACAAGAACGGGCAUCCUAGAAUGAUAGGAACCUUCUCGUCGGCUUCCAUAUCAAGAACAACAAAGUCUACGGGAAAGACGAAUUUAUCCACUUUGACUAGAAGGUUUUCGAUAAUGCCACGUGGAUACUUAACGGAUCUAUCGGCUAGAGACAAAGACAUGCGUGUAGGGGACAACUCUCCUAGACCUAACCUCUCAUACAAGGAAUAUGGCAUUAAGUUUAUACUCGCUCCUAGAUUGGCUAGGGCCCUACACUCGGCUGGAUCAUGGAAGGUUUAUAAGUUUGUUGAGGAGCACAACCAUGAUCUUGUUGAAUGUCCUGAUAAGCAUUUUCUUCCAACUGAACGACACCUCACUCAGCUCCAAAAGCAUGUUAUACACAACAUGUCUAAGUUGAAUUUGGGUCCGGUUAAGGCGUUUAAUGUUAUGAAGACUUGUUUUGGCGGUUUUGAAGAUGUGGGUGCCAGUAAAGUUGAAUUUAAGAACUACAAGAGAUACUCUAUGGUGUAUGCACCGUUCACUGGUAUAGACAAUUGCCACUACAAUGUUACAUUUGGCGCUGCAUUAUUGGCGUUAGAAACUGGUGAUACGUAUAUAUGGUUGUUGAGAGUUUUUCUAAUAGCUAUUGGUUCUCAACCAAAAGUUGUUGUGACUGACCAAGAUCUAGCAAUGAAGAAGGCUAUUUCUGUUGUAUUUGUUGAAACGAUGCAUCGGUUAUGCAUGUGGCACGUGAUGCAUAAACUUUUUAUGAAGGUUGGUGUUCGGCUAUGCAAUUCCACCAAUUUCAAAGAACGUAUUUGUGGUGUUGUGUGGACGGAUAUUCUUACACCCAAAGAGUUUGAAUCAGGAUGGGAAGAGGUUAUUGGAGAAUUCAAUUUAGCAGAUAAUGACUGGCUCUCUGUUAUUUUUGCACUCAGGGAAUCUUGGAUCCCUGCAUACUAUAGAAUGGAGGAGUUGUCGCGCCUUAUGCGAACGACUUCGAGGUCGGAGAGUGAGAACCAUUAUUUUGGUCAAUUUUGGUGUUUGUUGUUUGAUGGUCGUUUUUAUACAAAUAUUCCCUGCAUGGCGUUUUAUAUAGACAUUGUUUUUGUCGUUUUUCAGGCUGCUCACAAGUUGAAUCAUCUUGACAUUCAGGCUGAUGAUGCUGGAUCUGAAGGGGCUGUUGGGUCAGAACAUUUGGUUUAA